AUGGGGGCCGGAAGUGACGUCACCCGGAGACCGGAACCGGAAGCGGAAGAAACGGGUAGGGCCUUGAUCAACGGUGCCGAGAGACGCUAUUCGGAGCGGGAAGUGAUGUCACUGGGGAACCGGAAGCGGGGAGGGGCGGACUUUCCCUCGUGGGGCCGCGGCACGGUGCCGCCGCGGAUGUCCCAGAAACCGGAAGUGGGAGGAGGACAGACGGACGGACGGAUGGAGGGACGCGCGGACGGCCCGGGCGACCCCGAGGCGGGCCACGACGAGGCCCUGCGCGUCCUCGAGGGGUACGCCAGCGGCUUCAUGGUGUCGCAGGUGCUGUUCUCGGCGUGCGAGCUGGGCGUGUUCGACGCGCUGCGGUCGGCGGGGGAGCCGCUGCCGGCGGGCGCCGUGUCGUCGCUGCUGGGCACCUGCCCCCGCGCCACCGCCCUGCUGCUCGACGCCUGCGCCGCCCUCGGCCUGCUCCUGCGCCAACGCCGCCCUCGCCGCCGCCGCCGCCGCCGCGGACCCGCCGGAAACGGAAGCGGACACGGCUCUGCAGGCCGGGAAGACGCGGGCGGCCGCACGCCAGUGGGGAAGGCUCUGCAAGCACUCGCCGGAACUUGCAGAGCCUACCGGGGGCCGCUGCGGCUCACAGCAGGCUGUCCAUCCCUGUGUCCAUCUGUCCGUCCGUCUGUCCCGCCCCCCCCCCCCGCAGCGGUGUACACCAACACGGCCCUGUCGGCGUCCUACCUGUGCUCGGGCAGCCCCACCACGCAGCGCCACAUGAUGGACUACCUGGCCGGCACGCCCUACCGCUGCUGGGCGCACCUGCCCGACGCCGUCAGGACCGGCCGUAACCAGUACCCGGCGGCCUUCGGCAUCGCGGCCAGCGACCCCUUCGAGGCCAUCUACAGGAGCGAGGCCGAGCGCGCGCGCUUCCUGCGCGGGCUGCAGGACGUGUGGAGCGUGUGCGGCCGCCGCGUCCUCACCGCCUUCGACCUGUCCGCCUGCGCCACCGUCUGCGACCUCGGCGGCGGCUCCGGGGCCCUGGCGAGGGCGUGCGCGGCCGCCUACCCCGCCUGCCGCGUCACCGUCAUGGACGUCCCCGGCGUGGUGGCCGCCGCCCGCGAGCUCUGCCCUCCCCCGCCCGGAGAGGACGGCGACGGCGACGUCGGCGGGCGCGUCCGCUUCGUGGAAGGAGACUUCUUCCGCGACCCGCUGCCCGCCGCCGACGCCUACAUCCUGGCCCGCGUCCUGCACGACUGGCCCGACGACCGCUGCUCCGAGCUCCUGGCGCGCGUCUACGCCGCGUGCAAUCCCGGCGGUUCGGUGCUGGUGGUGGAGAGCCUGCUGGAGGCGGGCGGGCGCGGGCCGGCGCGCGGGCUGCUGCUGUCGCUGAACAUGCUGCUGCAGACGGACGGCGGCCGCGAGCGCGCCCCGGAGCACUACCGCCGCCUCCUCGCCCGCGCCGGCUUCCGCCGCGUCCGCUGCCGCGCCACCGGCGCCGCCUACGACGCCGUCAUCGCCCGGAAGUGA